UUCAACAGCCGGUUAUAUUGACAAGUACGAAGCGAACCGUAUCCUUGUUUAUAAAAUACGACAAGGUACACAAUACAACCAAGGCCCUUCUAUCGACCAUUGAACGCAUGAACACACAGUAAUACAUACAUUCAGUGAUUAUAUAGUGCUCAGCGUUAUGUAAAACGUAGUUUAUAUAACCAAGAAUGUUUAUUAACAAAGACAGACUAAUACACCAGUAUGUGUUGUGAUAGUCUGUCGCAGCCCCACUGUGGGAUUUCCUGUUGACGGAGUUGGGAUUCCCUCGGAAACUGAAAUACUCGGAACUCGGUCCUGUGUGUUCUAUUUGCAGGUCGGAAAGGGCACUUCACGUCACGUGAUGAGAUCUGUCAUGUGAAUUUUCAUUAUAGAAUAGUUGUACACGCACAAGUCAGUCCACAUACCCCUUCAGAUUUAACUGUCACUACACGUCAUGACGACAACAGCAACAACGAUGGACAAAGACGUCUACGCAUACAGUGUUUACACACCCGACUGGAAAACCGCCAUAUUGCAGAUUAAGCUGAGUGAGUUCCGGUUGUACCUGCACCAGAACGGCGUUACCAAGCGACACCACAGCCUGCUCCUGCUCCACAGAUUCACAUCGUCGGACUUGACCCUGAGACUUGACUUCUUGGAGGGAGAACUUGUUGUCAACAUUGACAACUACAAAGACAAGGCCGCCAUCUUUGACUUGCUGAGCCUCGUUUUGGCUCGAUGUCAAGGUGGCUUCAAUCCUGGUAAAUUUAAAGAUGAUCCUAUCAAGACGGGGGACCUUGAAAAGAAGGGAGAGAUGGGAGUCGAGAUGUGGAACAGUCGACGGGUAAAAGUGUCACAUGGCCGCUUUUCGUAUCAACUUCCUGGAGAAGAGAAUGUGAUGGAUGUGGUGGAGCUAUGGAAGGAUACUUGCUGGGUUCAGAAGCUGGACGAUAGGUCCUUCUUUGUCUCUGUAUCUGGGUACAGCUACAGUUUCCGCCUCUGCAACAGGGAUGAAGAAGGAAACACUGCCGAUGUCUGGAUACAGACGUUUACUUCUGCAAUGAGAGAUCCCAACAUGUUGACCGAGAAAAACAUACGAGCGGCUGUGGUCGGUACCAGUGAGGGACAAGGCAGCACAGUCUCUGGCAAUGAGGGCGAGGAUACUGUCGACUUCCCCGACCCAGCAGUUGCAGGGGCCUUUAUCCUGAACAUGUUCUCCCCCAAGACCAGGGCCCCCUCCAGGCCCCCGACUGAGGAUGAAGAGUUCGUCAUGAUUGAACUCAAGGAUCUCUUGAAAUGUAGGUCCGAUCUGGUGGAGUCUUUUGCUGAGGAAGGGACACCAAGUCCGCCUAAACAAGACCCCAAGGCCUUGGACAAGCAGGGACCCUCGGGGGUUGAAAUAGAAAGCAGCGCACCUAAAGAAGAAGAGUCUCACCCGAUAGUCCCCAGCCCUCCUCCACCAGGUCCCCAGCCCCCCGCGCCCCCUUCCUCGGGGUCAGGACCACCCCCUCCUCCACCCCCACCCCCACCGUCACAGGGUCCAGCUCAGCCAUCGGGGCUGAAGUUGCUGUACAAACCCGAGAAGAACUUAAAGCAGGCACACUGGUCAAAAGUACCGCCGACCAUGCUCAAGUCGUCACUGUGGCAUAGUGUGGAGGAUGUGAGCUGUAAACUGAACCUGGAAAAACUGGAUUCGCAUUUUUCCGUCAAAGAGAACAAAAAGGCAGAAAAGAGCACAGACACAACGGACAACCGAACCGACGUUCUCCUGGAUCACAAACGUGCCCAGAUCGUGGGGAUUGUAUUAGGGCGACCCUACCGCCGUGCCCUUGACAGACUCCGGGACGCAAUCACCUCCAUCACCGAGAUCGACGUCUUCGGGGUAGAGAAACUGCGCGCAAUGAAGAAACUGGUGCCGACAGCAGACGACAUCAAACUGUACAAAUCCCGCGCAGGGUCAGAUCUACUUCCAAUGGACGAGUUCAUGUUGCAGCUUUGCUCCAUCCCCCACCUGGAGGCGAGAGUGGACCUGGCCAUCUGCACCAUCACCUUCCCCUCACGCUGUGCCGACCGUGUGGAGAAAGUGUCCUGCUUGAAACACGCCUGCGGGGAGGUGUUGUCCAGUCAGCCUCUGAAGGAGGUCUUGGGUUACUUGCGGGCGGUGGGCAACUACCUCAACGGCAAACGACUAAAGGGGUACGGCGUUCAUGGAUUCCUGAUCACGUCUGUGGAUAAGGUGUUUGAUAUAAAGAACGUAGACACAGGGUACAGCGUGAUGGACUACCUCCUGGCCCACCUGCAGACAUCACACCCGGAGCUUGUACACUGGCCGGACUCGCUGAAGCAUGUAUCCUUAUGUGCCGACCUCUCCAUGCCGGCAGUAGAAGCGGAGCUGAAAGCCCUAAGGGAGGAACUUGCUCGUCGAAGGUGUGUGGCGGAGGAAUUGGAGAAAGGGGCGUGGAAUAAACAGGAGAGGACGUAUUUCUCUGACGUCAAGAGCUUCCUCUCGAAAUUUGAAGUUGAAGUGGCCAGUUUGACAGAGCUCUACGAGCGUCUAACACGGGAGUACGCGGCAAUGUUGGAAUACUUGGGAGAGCCACCUCAGCGGAAGUCUGACGAGGUUUUCUCCGCCAUCGCAGACUUCAUGCGGAAGUUCAUCAACGUCCGUGACCUUCAGAGCAGUGCACACAACAUAAAGAGCACGUGACAUGUCUGGAUGACAGCGCAAGCGAGCAACUUCAUGACAACCUUGAAAGAUGCAUUUGACAGAUGACCAUUUGCCCUUAUCCCAAACAAUAAUUAUAAUUAUUAUUAUUAUUAUUAUUAUUAUAAAAGCGGUAACCAUAAACACAGCCUGCAAUGGUUUAGAUAACGAUAAACAAUGGAUUGGCAAUGUAGUGUCCGCGUAGAACAAUAUCCAGAUGUGCUAUAAACAGUUGUGCACAACCUUAAACAUCACUUCAUAAUAUAAAUAAAUUGGGCUUUGUGAGUGCGGGCGAUGGCCAUAUAUAUGUUUUUUUAAAUAUCUAAUAUUUCUCUCGGAUGUAUUUUGUACCGGUGGCAUUAUCCUCGAUUAUCCAGUGUCUUAUAUUUCCAUUAUAUUAUCGUAAUCAAGAUAUAAUACACUGGAUAAUCGAGGAUGAGGGUUCACGGGUGGCCCAGUCGUCUAAGGCGCCGCAAUUCGCGCUUCAGAGUUGCGUCCCUUAGGAGUGCCGGAAACCGAUGCCAUGCCAGUUGCCGUGGGUUUCACCAAAGUGUUGGAGGUCUAAGACCUGCAUCGCUUAGGGCUUUCCCCCAACAUCAAGCUGACACGUCGUUAUAUAACUGUAAUACUGUUGCAAGUGGCAUUGAACAAAAAUGUACAUAGACAUACAGUUUCAAAUUUACACUUCGGGACAUUUCCCAUACUUUGUCAGAAACUAGUCCAAUUGUCCGAACCAAAAAUUCAUAAUAUUAAGAUGGUCAUGUACCAGUCUAUUAUUAAAUAUAAGAACUAGUUACUAAAAUGGGAUGGUUUCUACCGUUUGCAUUGUUAUAUAUAUAAAAUACAUCUAUGUCUGUCCCAAAAUGAAACAGAGUUUAACAUUUAAAUAAAAGCGACAGAACCCUUUCCAUAUUCUAUAGAAAUCUCGAUUAGAGAUAUAGAGUCGAUUGUACGAUUCCGAUUAAAUCAUGUGUUUAUGAAUCACUAUCAAACAGUGAUGAAACCAGGUGUUCGCGAAAAGCUUAGCGUAUAUGCACAUGUCCUUCACUUGUCUACCAUAAAACUUUAUGAAAGCUUUACUGUUGCCUUGAAUGUUAUAACCUUGAUCAAACAACUUCUGAGCAAGAGUGGCAUGGCGCUCUUUGAAAUCUGGGUAGAAAGAGCAUG